AUGCGCCUUUAUGUCGGCUUACUCGUCCUAGGUGGAGUGUUGGUACUUACCUUUGCCCAAGACGAUGGAAAAUACAGACCAACACCCGUUCCAACUACCACUCAACGGCCACGUUACAGGCCUUUCGUUGAUGGAAGAUACGCCCAAUACCCGUACAAUCCCUACCGGUACCCGACCGAAACAAGGCCCUACAACCAAAACGAUGGCCGUUACUAUCCGCGCAGCGAUGGCCGAUACGUGCCGAGAAACGAUGGUCGCUACGUGCACGUAGACAACAGGUACAAACACAUCGAUGGCCCUAGCGGAAGUGGAUCGGGUAACCAGGGAGGCUCCGGUGGGGCAGGAGGUGGAGCUGGAGGAUCAGGAGGAGGAGCUAGAGGAUCAGGAGGCUCAGCAGCUGGCAGUACAGUUGCCCAGCCUCCAAAACCUUCGACUACGGUAGCCCCUGCGCAUCCAACGUCGUCCCCAACGCCCGUCCCAACACUUGCCAAGGUCGUUCAGUCUAGGGUCGCCCCACCUACAGGCUACUCUCCCGAUGGAUGGAAAAUCAUACGGCUGGAAAAUCAGGUGGAAAAGGAUGGCUACCACUACGUAUUUGAAACCGAAAAUGGCAUUCUCGCCGAGGAGGCGGGUCGCAUCGAGGACAAGGGCACGGCCACGGAAGGACUCCGGUCGCAAGGUUUCUAUCAGUACGUCGGCGAUGAUGGAGUCGUCUACCGGGUGGACUACGUUGCCGAUGGUAACGGCUUUCUGCCACAGGGUGACCACAUUCCAAAGGUGCCGCCAGCAAUCGAAAAGCUUCUGAAAUAUUUGGCCUCCCAGCCGAAGUAG